AUCGCUUCAAAGGCAGAGUCAGGCGUGGCCUGACGGAGGAGGCGGGCUCUGACGUGAUUGGUCCAUAAGUGGGGUCCCCGUUGCCAAGCCCACCGCAGUGUGUAUAAAUCCACCUAGCCGGAGGGGCGGGGCUGGAAGAGGACACUCUGGGAUUGUUAACACUCAAGAAAACGUUGUGUUUGAUUCAUCCCUUUAAAUAAGCUCCCUCAGAGAAAUGAAGACCCAGAGUCCCCUGCACGUUGCAACUCCGGUGAGGGAGAGCCUUGCCCUGACUAAAGUGGCGGGGACCUCUAUUUACCUGAAGCUGGACUCAUCCCAGCCCACGGGAUCCUUCAAGAUCAGGGGCAUUGGACACCUCUGCAAAACAUGGGCCGAGCGAGGCUGUGAGCGAUUCGUCUGCUGUUCAGGAGGAAACGCGGGUAUGGCAGCUGCGUAUUCCGCCCGUCAGCUUGGGGUACCUGCCACCAUCGUAGUUCCAAGCGUCACCCCCAAUGCAACGGUAGAGCGACUGAAGGAUGAGGGCGCUAACGUGAUCAUUCAUGGCAAGGCUCUCAAUGAAAGCAUUGAAUAUGGACAACAGCUUGUGGCGAACAACCCUGGCUGGAUUUUCAUCUCCCCCUUCGAUGAUCCCCUUAUCUGGGAAGGCCACACAUCCCUGGUGAAGGAGCUAGAGGAGGAGCUGAAGGAGAAGCCAGGGGCAAUAGUUCUGUCAGUUGGAGGUGGAGGUCUGCUGAAUGGAGUGGUGGAGGGUCUGCGCCGUGUCGGGUGGGCUGACGUCCCCAUUGUGGCAAUGGAGACUGUGGGAGCACACAGUCUCAAUGCUGCCAUGAAGGCUGGCAAGUUGGUCACAUUGCCUGCAAUUACCAGCAUUGCUACAACCCUGGGCCUGACGAGGGUUUCCGCACAGACUCUGAAACUGGUCGGUGAGCACACAGUUUUCUCCGAGUUGGUCACAGACCAGGAGGCCGUUCAAGCCGUGGAACGCUUUGUUGAUGACGAGAAGGUCCUGGUGGAGCCCGCCUGUGGCGCCGCCCUCGCAGCCGUGUACUGCGACAUCAUCAAACGGCUGCAAAAGGAGGGCAGACUGGCAGAGGACCUGGGCCCUGUGAUCAUUGUGGUGUGUGGUGGAAACAACAUCAGCUUGGAACAGCUAAGGAGGCUGAAGAAGCAGCUAGGCAUCGUCUAGCUUGGCGUAUUGCUUUGGCUCUUGCAGCCUUUAUCCAGCUCGCCAUUCCACCAUUAACUGGAUGUUUGCCGCUUUUAAAACCCUGUACUUAUUAAAUGCAGUGGACAGCAGUAGAAUCAGGAGGUAUGUACUGUACGGGCCAAAUCACUUCAGACCAAGUUGCAGUCUCCUGAUCUCUGAGGCCGACUAAAUUGAUGGGCUAGAUGCUGGAGGAUUUCUACAGGAAUAUUGUUAGCUCUGAAGAGAGGCUUCUUUAGCAGUGCUAAUUUUUGAACGCAGAGCCCUUAAAAUGAAAAAGAGGGGAAAAAAUACUUGUUGUAUUUGGAUGUUUGUGUUUACAAUAGCACGUGUCUACAUUGUGGCAUGGAUUU